AAUUGGCGGGCGAACGACUCGGCUCGGCUCAGUUCGGGGGUGGUUCGGCGAGGGAUGGUGUCUUUAAAACUCGAAAUAAAAAUAUAAUUUUGGAUAAGAGAAGCUCCAUAUUAUUGCGAAAAUGGGAAAGCAGGAAAAAAUAUACGGAUACCUAAUAGACCAACCAUUGCCAGAUAUAUCUUUGGGGCAAUCGAUAAUGAAUAAAAUGCACGAGUAUAGUGAUACUGUUUUCUUGAUAGAUGGAUGUAAUAAUGACUAUCGGCUAACGUACAGAGACCUACUCGAGAAAAGUGUGAAACUUGCAAAGUUUAUGCAACGAUACGGAAUCAAGAUUGGAGAUAGAAUUGCCAUCGUAAGCGAAAACCGAUUAGAAUGGUUGAUAGCGCUUUGCGCGACGCUUUAUAUUGGCGCUAUAUUUGCGCCAUACAAUCCUACGUACACGGAAUGGGAAUUUCGACACGUGUUGAACAUCUCGGAGCCGCGAAUAGUCUUUGUGUCUCAGCGCACUGAGGAAACCUUCACAAAACUCCAGCCGAGUUUAUCUUGGCAAAUCGAACUAAUCGAAUUGGAUGAUAAACCGUUCGCAGCCAACAUGCGCACAUUGACGAAUAUCUUAAAUGACGAAAAAGUCGCGGAUUUUCUGAAAUACAAAACGGUUAAUAUCGGUGAUAUUAAGAAGCAUCCAGCGGUUCUUCUUAAUUCGAGUGGUACAACAGGAUUGCCAAAAGCAGUAGCACUGUCCCAUAGGAAUUUAUUAACGUUACUUCUUAAAGUAUCCAAGCGGGACUUCCUCGAUAUAACGCAGGACACUAGAAGCUUAAUAUUUCUGCCGUUUUAUCAUGGUUUCGCGUUCGCCACGCUGUUAAUAAGCUUGACGGUUGGCGCUAACGUCAUGGUAAUGUCUAACUUCCAGCCGGAACGGUUUUUGAAGUUGGUACAGAAAUAUAAGCCUACCUUUUUGCCGAUCGUACCGUCGAUCAUGACGUUAUUGGCGAAGCACCCGCUGGUGGAGAGGAACGACUUUCGCAGCCUGAGAGAAAUCCUCUGCGGAGGAUCGCCGCUCGGAAAGGAACUUGUAGAUGCGGUGAAAGCUCGCAUCGGCGAUAUAUACAUACGAAACGGCUACGGAAUGACGGAGUUGACGGUAUUGACCAGCGUGAGUGCUUACGAAGAAAGUGAUGUCACUGCUCUGCAUUGCAUCGUACCUGGACUAUGCAGCAAAAUAGUUGAUAUCGAGACACAGAAGACUUUGGACGUGGAUCAGGUUGGGGAAGUCUGCUUCAAGGGUGACCAAAUAAUGAUGAUGUAUUGGAACAAUCCCGAAGCUACCAAGCAGACCAUCGACGAGGACGGAUGGCUGCACACGGGCGACCUUGGCUAUUACAACGAGCACGGUGCGAUGUACGUAGUCGAUCGGUUGAAAGAGCUGAUCAAAUACAACGGCUACCAGGUCUCGCCGUCGGAGAUAGAGAUGGUCUUGCUGUCGCAUCCCGCGGUGAGAGACGCUACAGUCUGCGGCAGACCCGAUCCGCGCAGCGGGGAGCUGCCCACGGCUGUGAUAGUGAAACAGCCUGGCGCUACGGUCACCGCCGAGAACAUUAUGGAAUUUGUCAAACAGAAAUUGUCGCCGCACAAAUGGCUGCGCGGCGGGGUGCAAUUUGUCGAUGCUAUACCUAAGAAUGCCACCGGCAAGAGUCUACGUCGUGAGGUUCAGUUGAUGAUUCAAGCAACGGUCUCAAAGCUAUGAUGUUGGACUCAUAUUAACAAAAAAACCUCUUUAAACAUUAAUUAAAUAGAUAUAAUUUAGAUUAAUAGAUAUAUCUAAUUAGUUAUAUAUAUGUCAAUCGAAAAGUCCACUUGUUCCCUAUUAAAAUAUUUGGUUGAGAGCGACGCAUGUGAUAAAAUUGCCAAUCUUAACAAUGUUAAUAUAUAUAUUCUUAUUUUAACAGCUAAAAUACGGCUAUAGCACUAGCUGUUUCUAUUUCAAUGAUACAUCUUAGCUGCUAUUUUUUAGUUGUAAUAGUUAAUUCUUUUUCUGAAUGUAAUCGAGUAAUUUAAAAAUAAACUGUUUUUAUCGAU